AGAAGUCACACUUCCGCUUUGCGUGCUGAAGCGGGAUAGUGUUGUAGGUCUGCGCUGCACGUUUUUCAGAUACAAGAUCUCUUUGUUGUUUAACGUCGCUUGUUGGCAUCGACAUGGUGAAGUUAACAGCGGAGCUGAUCGAGCAGGCUGCUCAGUAUACGAACCCUGUGAGAGACCGAGAGCUGGAUCUACGAGGUUAUAAAAUCCCAGUGCUUGAAAAUCUGGGAGCGACCCUGGACCAGUUUGACACGGUGGACUUCUCUGAUAACGAGAUCAGAAAACUGGACGGCUUCCCGCUGCUCAAGAGACUGAAGACACUCCUGAUGAACAACAACAGGAUCUGCCGUGUAGGUGAGAACCUGGAGCAGUCUCUACCCUGUUUGACUGAAUUGAUCCUGACCAACAACAACAUCCAGGAGCUGGGAGACCUGGACCCACUGGCCACUGUGAAGACCCUCACUCUCCUCAGUUUGUUAAGAAACCCGGUGACGAACAAGAAGCAUUACAGGCUCUACAUGAUCAACAAAAUCCCACAGAUCCGUGUGCUGGACUUCCAGAAGGUAAAACAAAAGGAACGCCAGGAGGCGGAGAAAAUGUUCAAAGGGAAACGUGGCGCUCAACUUGCAAAGGAUAUUGCCAAGCGAACAAAAACGUUCACUCCUGGAGUGCCAGCACAGCUGGAGAAGAAGAGGACGGGGCCGUCUCAGGCUGACGUGGAAGCUAUCAAGAAUGCCAUUGCUAAUGCCUCGUCAUUGGCCGAGGUGGAGAGGUUAAAGGGGAUGCUGCAGGCCGGUCAGAUCCCAGGACGAGACCUGAGAGAAGGUCCAGCUGGAGUGGAGGAGGAAGAGGAGGAGGAGGAGGAAGAAGAGGGAGAAGAGGGAGAAGAAGAAGGAGGCGAGGAUGUGGUUUCCCAGACUGAGGAUCAGAUGACUGGAGGAGAGGAGAGGGAUGAUGGAGAUGAAGAUGAAGAGGGGGAUGAAGACAUGGAUGUGGAGGCUCAUGUGAAUGGAUCCUGAGAACCCUCAAAGCUUUUCUGUUAUUUUAUUUCUAUGUUGUUUGACGCAGGAUGUUUUUUUUUUUUUGUAAAUUGACACACAUUAAAGUGAUUUCUUAUA